AUCACUACACCACUUCCCGCCUUCCAUUUACAUCAUCAUCACAUCUACCAUCUAUAAAAUACCUUAAUUAUUAAAAAAAGAAUACAUUAUUAAUCUUUAAACGAAAAGGUGUUUUAUCGUGACAUGUGCGAAAUAAAAUGUGUUGAAAAAAAUAAUAAAUAUUAAAAAAGUAAUUCGAAAAUAAAAGUGGAAAUAAAUAGAAUUAUAAUUACAUUUCUAGUUGAAAACAUAAAGUUUGAAUUUGGAAUGUGGUAGCGGCAGAGGCGCCAAACCUUUUCCGUGCUGUGUACGUUACGUAACGGUUCCGGACAAAAUCGAUAUUGUGAGCGUAUAAAUAGCGGUCCGCGAUUGAGAACAGCUGGCUAGUCGCCAGCCAUGCAGCCUACGAGGAUGCGCCGGCCCCGGCGGCACCGCUGGCUGACCCUGUCAGUGUUCUUCGUGGCGUAUUCGGUGUUCCAGGCUGUGUUCAGCCCCAGCUCGACAGCCUCCACCGUAGGCCCCUCCACCGACGUCGACGAGCCCUCGUCCCAGAGAGAUAACCCGAUUACGAUCCCUGAGAAAGAUGAGAAAGAUAUCAGCACAACGCCACUGUCAAUGGCGGAGAAUGAGUAUAGCACGAGAAGCGGUAAGAAGGCCAUGAAGGGACUAGUCGAUGAAGAAGAAGAAGAAGAUGAAAGCGAGAAGAAGAAACAAAAAGAUGCCGGAUAUGUAGAGGAGGGGGAGUUCGAUGACACGCCACCGACUGUCCACCCCCUCAGGAACUGUACUCCGCCAGCCAUUGAACAGUUCCCUCGUCCCCUGAUGGGCCAGUACGCGCGGCGUCACGGAGGACUGAUCAUCCACGUCCUCGUGUGUGUGUUCACCUUCAUUGGCCUAGCCAUCGUGUGUGACGAGUACUUCGUCUCCAGUCUUGACAGGAUCUGCGAAGAGCUGAAGCUGGCACCAGACGUCGCGGGCGCAACGUUCAUGGCGGCGGGCAGUUCUGCGCCGGAGUUGGCUACCGUCAUCAUCGGCGUCUUCUGUGCGCAGGAUGACAUAGGUGUGUCUGGCGUGAUCGGCUCAGCGGUGUUCAACAUAAUGUUCGUGAUCUCCGUGUGCGCGCUGUGUGCGGGCACCGUGUCACACCUCAACUGGUGGCCGUUGUGCCGCGACUGCUUCUUCUACGCCCUCUCUAUCCUCGUCAUGCUGUGCACCAUAUGCAAUGGAUACGUCUCCUGGCCGGAAGCAUUGUUCAUGCUGAUAAUGUAUGGGGUUUACUGCAUCGCUCUGCGGUUCAACACCGCACUGGAGCGUUGGGCCAUGACCAUCAAACUGCCCUUCAAGCUGCCCACACGGGAAGAGCAGGCUGCCUUAGUCACAUACAAGAGCGCGCAGGCGCAACCAGCCGCUGCCGCGGGCGACGCGCAGUACACCGAGGUGGAGGGACAGACCAAGGAGACUGCGUUACAGAAUCCGCCGUACAACCCGGACGGCGCGUACGACAAUGCGGCGUACAACGCGGGCCCCACUAACGCUUGGGACCCCAACAGCAGCUGGGACCCUAACAACGCCUGGGGCGAGCAAACGAACACCGCGGCACAGGCGCCGGCGGCGAUCGGCUGGGGCCUGCCGCCCGAGCCCACGGCACCCGCGCAGGCCCCGCGCCCAGCACUGUCCGCCGGCAGCACGCCUGGUGACGCCCCGCAGCCGCAGCCGCAGCCACAGGCCCCAGUGGUACCAACCUACUACAAAGCAAAGGAAUACAACCCGGAGACAGCUGUCAACCCCCUCAUCAAACCUGCCAAUGCGAAUCCUCUGCAGCUAGCGUUCUGGUACGUAGCGUAUCCCAUCCACUGGUCCUGCCGCCACACCAUGCCUGACUGCCGCGGGCCCUGGUACCCUGUCACGUUCCUCGUCUCCAUGUUGUGGAUCUCAUUCUACUCAUACUUCAUGGUCUGGAUGAUUACUAUCAUUGGUUUCACCCUGGGUAUCCCGGACACGGUGAUGGGUCUAACGUUCGUGGCUGCUGGCGUAUCUGUCCCGGAUGCGCUCUCAUCACUCGCCGUCAUCAAGGAAGGAUACGGUGAUAUGGCGGUGUCCAACGCGGUGGGGUCCAACGUGUUCGACAUCCUGGUGUGCCUGGGGCUCCCCUGGUUCAUACAGACGGCCAUCAUCCAGCCAGGCAGCCACGUCAACGUCAUCAGCAAAGGUCUGGUCUACUCGACCCUGUCGCUGUUCUCGACGGUGAUAUUCCUGGUGGUGGCGACCCACGCCAACGGCUGGAAGCUCGACCGCAAGUACGGCGCUGUGCUGAUGGUGUGGUACCUUCUCUUCAUCACCUUCGCCAGUCUGUAUGAGCUGAACGUCUUCGGAGACUUCCACCCACCUGAUUGCGGCUCCACCUACUAAAAACGCUCGAAUUUUCUGGAAAAACGUACCUACUUUGUUGGUAAAAAAGAGUGGUACAGCUAAUUUAUUUUAAAAAAUCCCCCCCUCAUCUCAGUCUGAUAGCGCUUAAAACCGCGCAGAUAUUUUAUUAAAACCAAUACCAAACUAAGACUUAAAUACCCUUUUUAUUAUUGUAUAUUAAUUAUUCAAUAAAUCGAAAUGCGACGAGUCAGUUCUGUAGCUGUUAGCUCUACUAAUUGUAAAGUAAAUUAACAUUUAAUUUGUCGUACAUAGCUUUCAGUAAUCCGGGAUUAAAAAGAACACAUCGAAGCAAUUCAUCUACAAGAGAAAUAUUGAAAUUUGACAUUUGCGCAUAUAAAAGUAAGUGCGCAACGCAAACAUAUGUCAAAUAGCAAUAUUGCUUUUUAGAUGAAUUGCUUUAAUCCCACCUUUGCCUUUUUAACCCCACAGUACUCAUUAACGGCCUAUUUAAAUGUAGUAUUAUAAUCGAAUAUUUACAACACAAAUUGGUGAGUCUGCUAAUCCAAUUUCUAUGCCAUUUGCUCUCUCUAAAAUGUCGGAAAUUACACCACAAAUGCUAGGAGUCUCGAAUUUUGCAUGGAAUUCCACUUUAUCGACCCAGGUGUCCACCUAAAAUUCGUAAUAAAUUUUUAUAUUAUAACGUGAAUCAACGUGGAGUGUAUCCCUUCUGUAGGAUGAGUUACGAAAUAGAAAGGCAUCAGUUGGAAAAAGUAGAUUGAUUGAAAAUAAGUUUUUAUAAGUUUUCUUCUUUCCGAUCUUUAUGAAAUAAAUAUAAGUAAAACUAUGAUUUUGCAGUUAAACGCUCUGCGCAAAUGGUUAUAGUGUAAAAAUAUAACCAAAACAGUAUGUUUGUUUACUCAAAUGAUACAGGGAACUGUCAAAAUUUAAGAACACUCACACAGUAGGAACACCUGGGGGGUUAAUAAGGCCACAUUGAAGCAAUUCAUCUAAAACAGCAAUAUUGCAAUUUGACAUUUGCGCAUAUAAAAGUAAGUGCGCAAUGCACACAAAUGUCAAAUAGCAAUAUUGCUUUUUUAGAUGAAUUGCUUCGAUGCGGGCUUUUUAACCCCUUUGAUGGGAAAAACAGGCGGGUUGUAUCCUCAUUGUAAAAGCAGAUUCACCAAAAUAUUUAUAUAAAUAUUUAAGUUUUCUACUAUGCUAUAGUCUUAUGAUUAAAAAAAACAUCGAUGUUGCUAGUUUCUACUUUUACAUAAAGUUACAUACAAGAUUACAUGUCAAAAUUGUGUGAAAACGAAAUAGGAUCGAAAAUAUAAUUUUUUGAAACAAUUUUAUUUCAUCAGUAUUUUUUUUUUACUAUUACACAUAGGAAAAAUGUAGUUUUUACAUUGUUAUUAAUUAUUUGGCAAUGUAAUACAAAGUUGUAUUCAACAGUUUGUACGCGCUUUCACACCGCCCGCAUUGAACGCUAAGACAUUUGCGCCACGUAUCACAUUGAUGAAUACAUUUUUGUACUCAUCUGUUUUUGAAGGUCUGUAACCCAGUGUCUGGAAGAGAAAUGCAGUAAGAGCAGUCCAGUUAUAAAAUGAACGCAUACUGACAUAAAAAUGCUAUAAAAAAUUCUGUAAUUACUUUGUCAUAAUUGCAAUAUACCCAGAGCUAGCACGCACAAAAUUCAGUCAGUUUUCACUCAAUUUUGCGUUUAAUUCAGUAAAUAAUAAAAAUCACAGCUACGGUUCAGUGGUGUUACUCAUCUUAUGAAUAUUUAAUAGAUUUUAGUGGCACUUAUAAAUAAUUUCAAAUAGCUGCAGGUAAGUAAAUAUGUCCAGAAAAUGUAUGUUGCUGUAUUCAUGAAAAUAUUUUACUUCAGGUUGUUGUAAUGUGUACCUAAAAAGCUUUGCAUUAUGUAUAGUUCUUGUUUAGUUGUUUGAUGUGAUAUUGUACUAGGUAUAGCUUGCUCGAGUCUUUAAGACGUAAAAUACUCAUUUUUAAAAUGAUCUCGAUCUUUUAGAAUGUACAUAAGUAAGGUCUUAAGCACUAACCUAUCCUAUAGACGAAUUUUGAAUACCCGUAAAGAGACAAAACAUCGAGAAUAUGACGAAUUACCUAAAUUAAUACAUAGUAGUUUUCAGGAGGUUAAAAAGGCUACAUUGAAGCAAUUCAUCUAAAAACAUAUUGGUAUUUUAGAUGAAUUGCUUCCAUGUGGUCUUUUUAACCUCCAGUACGAGGAUAUAGUAUAAAUUAAAUAGAAUUUACACUUUUUUGCUACGGAUACGCAUGUAGAAAGAGUUGGUAAUUAUAAAUUGACAUUAUUUUUGAAUCAUAUCAAGGAGCAAUUUUAGAGCGAUGAAGAGUUUCGCGAAUUCGUUGCCGCUAUAUACUCCAACAUAGAUUGUUUCACGGCCUGUUUUGCCCUUUGGGUUCGAAGGUCGUUUUGGUAGCCGCUUCUGUAAAAACAGUUGCCUGUCGAUUAACAAAUACUUUAGGCUAGAUACCUAAGAUAUAAAAUCGCUUUUUUGUAAUGAAUCUUAGUUAAAUUCUAACGAAACAAUUGACCAGUUACCCGAUCUUCCAAAGUUAUACCAUGUGAACCUUAUUAGAGUAACCAACGAUAUCUAUAAAGUCCUUCCUAUAAAAAAAAAAUAUAACCGCAAUCGCUGUACCGUGCCUAGAGUAACAGGCGACAGACUAGAGAUUUCAAUCCCAAGACUUUUCUUAUCCCAGAAUCCCCGAACUUUUUCUCAAUCUCGGGAUUCCGAUGUUUGGGAUCUCUAAGAUUGGUGUACCAGGGAAAUAAAACAAAGCAUGACUUCUAAUAAUGUCCCAGUCAAACAGAGACGCAAAUGUGAAGAAUGGUAGUCAGAGGUACGAUCGGGCAUCCCCACGAGCCCACGAAUGCGUUCAGCUGCUUAUAUCUUAUUUUAUAGAUUUUGUCCUUUCCAGCAUGAUAGGUGAUUGUCUAGUCACCUGUUACCAUAAUAUGGUUCAUCAUAUCCACCUUAAGACUUCAUAUAUUAAUUUAUUAAAAUUGGCUAUGACCUUAUUAUUUAUUCGUAGGCUAUGAGUUAUUUUCUGAUCGCUUGUGGGCCCGCCCGGUAUGUAUGUAUGCUUUAGACAGAGAGAUACAGAGUGGAGGGGGCAACUCGGCCGCCUUGUCUCGAUAUACACCUACCUAAGGCGCGGUGCAGCAUGAUUGACGAAUUAUCAUAUUAAUAAUAAGUGUUUCCCAAAAACAACCCUAUACCUCCUAUCCCAAACUUUUUCUUCCCACAUUAUUUUUUAUUAAUACUAAUCCCAUUCCAAUUCUGUGAUCUAUGUAGCUAAAUAAAUUUAUAGGUAGGUAAAACAUACGUAUUGUAAUAUUAUUAUAAUUAUUAUUAAAUAAACACUACGCUGUGCCUAUUUUGCAUUCUGCCUAUAAUGUGAAAAUCGUUUUAUGUGAAGUCUUAUUUGUAUUAGAAAUAGGUUCAGCGUGGUAGAAUAAAUACCUACCAUGGUAGAAUAUAACGAUGUAUGCUCGCUCUAUCUCGACAAAUAACUUGAGUUGGAAAGAGUCGGUAAGUAAUAAUAGUUCCUUUAUAGUCGUCAUAUCUAAGAUGCCUAUUACACUGACAUUUUUAAGCGUGCGGAUUUCCGGUAAGCGAGAAAGUGUACAUUAAAAUCGUCGGAAAACGCAAAGCAAGCUUGUUACAAAAAUUUAACCCGUAAGUCAAAGUGUUAAGGGCCGGGCUGUAUUGUGAGAAAAUAAAAAUAAAUACCUUGUUACGUUUUACCAUGGAAAAAUUACACUUUUAGUGAUGGUUGCUAGGUCGCUGUGAGGUUGUUUACUGACCAGCUUAGCUAGCUAAACAUUAUCACGGAUGAGAGAACACAUUAUAAAAUCUUUUGAUAAAUAUCAUAGAAAGAGAUUUUAGAUUGAAAUGAAUAACGGUACAUUUUCAAAUGAGAUUCAACUACUCUUGAGUCAUGUAAAACUCAAGUUGAGUCGAAUAUUCUAAAAACAAACGAAUCAAAAAAGCGGCGUUCACUGUGUUCUUGUGAAAAGAACUAUAAAAUCACUAUAUGAAGAGAAAACUAAGAAAAAGAAAAAUUUAAAAGCAUUUUUGAGCUUUGUAAUCGCUCAAGUAACGGUCGCUAACUUAAUUAACCAAAAUAAAUUCAAAAGUUUGAUCACUAAGAUAUGAAUUGGCUUAUAAAUUACAAUUAUUUAGUGUCAAUUAGAUAUGGCUAACAUGACAUAAGAUGUGCAAAGCAGAAAUAUAAAAAUAGAAAAAUAUCCCAUUAAAUGAUUUAUUUAAAAAAAAAAUGUUUAUCACGCCUUGAUGUUUUUUCAUAACUAUUAUAAGUUACGUAGUCUUAACAGCGUCAAUUAAAAUCUAUAAUUGUAUAAAAAUAAAUAUGUCUACUAAGCAUUAUUACGACAAUAACUUUGUAUGUUGCGUUUGAAGUCGACCUCUAACUGCCAAAUGUCAACUGUUGCGAAAAUACACAAAUUGAUAUAAUUUAUCUUCCAACAUCCAAAAAGCGUAUAAUAUGAAAGAUUAUCCGUUUUUAUAAUAUUAUUUAUAACUACCUCAUUAUUUUAAAAAGGUCACAAAACUAUAAAUGUUUAUCUUGUGCGAUAUCAUUAUGAUUAAUACUAAUUUAAAUAUUCCACUGCUACUAUUGCAAUACUUUGCAACAAAGAACAAAUGCACGAGACAUGUUGAAAAUUAGCUUCGAAAUUGUACAUUAUUUGUAUCUACGUAGACUUAAUGUAGCAGGCAUGUGCUUACCUACACGAAUCAAUUAAUAAGGUCAAUUGAAUAAUUCAAUUAAACAUUAAAACGAGACUAAAAUGUACUUAAAAGAUCUCAAGAUCUUUAAAAGAACCAACGAUUUGUUAAAAAUGAAAUUGGAGCCAAUUAAUUACAACGUAAUUAUUGAUGAUGUAACUAAUAUAAAGAGGUAUUCUCUUAUUUGUGUGUUUAUUAACGAAAGUAAGACUACACAAUUAAAGAUAAGUGUGUAUGACUUUUCUCUCUUUAAAAACGCGGCGCUUAAAAAUGGUCGUGUGAAAGCGUUAAAGACACAAGCGUUUUAAAGACACGAAUAGAGAAUAUCUCAUUUUUGUUCAAGCGUGGUGUAUCUUAAACAUUCCUGCUUUAAUCGAACGCGCAUAAUAUAUCUAUGGUUGUAACAACAGCCUAAUUUGACUAAUGUAAAUAGUAGUGGACCAUACUAACCAUUAAUUAGAUGUAAGUUUUAAAACACUUCUUUUUUCUUUUUUUAUUAUGUUCAUAUUGUUUAAUUUUUUAAGCUACUUCAAAAAUAGAUUACUUAAAAAUAAUUAGUUAGUUUUGCCUAGUAUUUAUUAGAUCAGCGGGCCUACCACCGAUAGCAUGCGACUUUUUCUCGCCGCCAGAGAGUUCAUCUGUCUCUUUCUGUACAGUACUGUGAGAGAGUGACGGGUGACGUAUGUCGAGGCGAGAAAGAGUUGCACGCUUACGGUGCUAAGCCCGCUGAUGUUGACUUGAAGUUGUGUAUUUGUAAAACUUAAUAAUGUGAUACUGAUUUAUAAAAAUAUCAAUGAAAAAAAUAUCUUUAAUUCUUAAAAUGCUUUGGGCUCAAGAUAACUUUGCUAUCAAAAUAGAUAUUGAAAUAGAUUUGCACUUUAAAACUAAGUAAUGCGGAAAAGUCAUAUUGCUAUAAAAUGUUAUUUUUACCAUAAUCAGAACAAAAAGAAUUAAGUAUAAAUGUUUGGGAAAGUAAUACAGCUAUUUUGCUUCAUCUCUUUAGCAUUUACGAUAGCUACGUGCUAGAUUAUAUUAUACAAUCAGCGUGUUAGUGACACAGUAACGAAAAAAAAGAACGCCUGUUUGAUUGUACUUACUAAAAACGAAGUGUUUUUCUUGUCAGAAAUAUUUAAUUAAUAUUUUGUAUUUUUGCCGCGCUACAUCGCUAGACUACGUAUAUGUACGUAGCGACUAUUCGUCUUGUUCGAUUAACAUUGAUGGUUUUUAAUCAUUUCACAUUUAUUUAUUUUCUUUUAAAUUUGAAUUCUAUGCAGCUUGAAUUAAAGCACAAAAUGGGACUGAAAAUAAUUUAAAAGGUAGUAAAAUUUUCAUUAAUUUUCCGACAGGAAAUUCGUCUUCGAAAAGUUUUCGUUACAAUGUCACUAACUGCCUGUAUAAUUAUAGUGUCGAUUCAGACAGAUACAAACUUAGCCUGAUCUUACUUAGAUAGUAGUAAAAGUAGUAGUGAUAUCCUUCUCUAACGAUAAAUGCAAAGAAGAGACAGGGAUAUCUGUUACUGGAACUGUCAAACUAAAUUGACAUGUGUAAAACUAACUCUGUCUCUUUCUAGCGUUUAUCGUUAGAGAAGGUUAGCAUUAUUUUUAUAACUGUCAAAUUAAGAUUAAGUUUGUGUCCGCCAGGUUCGGCGUCAUUAUGUACCUUAUUCUAAGUAAAUUAUUAUCUUUUCACCUGUUAAUCCUAUAUCAAAUGUCUAAUUCGUGUGUAAAAAUUAUAGUUACCUAAAUAUUCAAUGUUGAUUUGUAUUUAUAUCCUUGUAGCGUAAGACGUAUCAUUUAAAUUUUAACGUUUUAAAUUAAAUGUUAUAAUUUCAUAACUUACAUCUUAUACUAGCAUUAUCUGUGUGACGUGUAAACACGUUCUGUAAGUCUAGCACACUACGUCGAGAAACGAGUACAGAUACAAAACUUUAAAUGAAAAGAUAUGGUUAUUAUAAAAGUUUUGAAAAUAGGGGAGAGUACAAACAGGAAACCCCUAAAGCACACAUAUGUGUAUGUGUACUUUACGAAUGAUUCAUAGUCAAAACAUUACGUUCGCCGCCAUUCUGACACACGCUUGCCAUUUUUACCCUCGUCUCUCGACGAUCUGUCUCAGAACGUGUAAAAACGUUGUACCCGAUAUGUAAGCAUAACUUUUCAUUAUAGUUUAAAGCUGAAAAGAGUGAAAAAAUCAUCUAAAAGUACUUAUUUCCUUUUAUAACAUAUAAGCUCACGACUAUAAUUAGGGCAGUCCAAAGGUGAAUCCUCUGCAAGAUGAACUAAGCAACCCACGCACUCUUCAUCAAGUAUUCUGUUAGACCAACGUGAGAAAUGGUGAGCCGUAUCACCGUCUAUAAUUGUCGAGCCAACUGUAUCAGAAAAAACUGCACUUAAGGUAUAUAAAUAUAAUAACCCUAUUCGUAAACUACUAAAUAGAUUUGUACGCGGUUUUCUCUGUUACGAUUUACAUUUUUAAAUAUACUAUAGGGUAAUAAUUGUACCCAAUGAAGCCGGGGUGAUGUGCUAAUAUUUCUACUCUUUUCAGUCGAAACUAUCGAAAUUAUAACACCCCAAGUCUAAGAUGUUCUCUCGACUCGUCCACUACUCCACUGAACAUUUUGGUAUUUUCAGUUGCGUCCUCGACUUGAAGACUUCACUCAUUGGAGUCGAGCAUAUCACACUACCAACAUAAUAAUAAAAAAUUGACGUCAUGCCUUUCUGGAGUAAACUCGCCCCGAUACCGACCCCGCCGGCGUGGUCGACUUCCCUCAAUCAGCGCUUAUCGCUAUCGACCCACUAGGGUUGAUUAUUUCAAUUAUUUUUUUAUCUCAGAUGACGCCCUGAGCCGAGGUUCGCGCCCAACUGAGCACCCUCAGGCCUGUUGUCUUCAACGUUGUACCGGGUGAGAGCCUUCAGCGCUCCCCAUUUGUCCGACCAAGUAGUUAAUGCCAUCUGCGGCAAAUCUACAAUAAGUCACGUCAAAAAAAGGAGUAAACUCGAGUUAAGGGUAUGAUGCCGUUUAAGAAUACCUGUUUUGAGCUGAGUUCUAGGUCUUGGAGGUGGCGUCAACUGGGGACGGAGUAGAAGAAGGUAGGAGAUAACAUCUUAGAAUUCGAGUGUAAGGGUGGUACUUAUUAAUAAACUAAUCUCAGCUUUGAAACUGCCCUCGAGAUCAUGUCAAUGUUACAAUUCUCAUAUAGGGUGGUAUGAAAUGAAAUGAAAUUUAUUCCGUGCAUGGUGUUUAGGUUACAAACUGCUGUUAUUUUUCAUUGAGUAUCACCAAAUACUGCCUUUUCAAACAUCAUCAUCACCAGCCCAUUAACGUCCCUAAUGCUGGGGCACGGGCCUUCCCUAUGGAUGGAUAGGGAGAUCGGGCCUUAAACCACCACGCGGGCCCAGUGCGGAUUGGUGGUUAUUAACGACUGCUAAUGCAGCCGGGACCAACGGCUUAACGUGCCUUCCGAAGCACGGAGGAGCUCGAGAUGAAAACUUUUUUUUUGUGGUCACCCACCCUAUGACCGGCUUGAACAAUCACAGACCGAGCGCGUUUACCGCUGCGCCACCGAGCUACUUUUCAAACAUACACUCAGAUUAUUUAAAAACAAUAACAAAUAAUAAUAUCAAUUUUACAAAUAUUCUACACACUUAAUACAUGCUGACAAUUUUGAUAUAAAAACAGGGACUUGAGCAUGAUCUUGAGGGCAGUCUACCACCCUUAGGGUGGUAUGCUCAAGUCCCUGUUUUAUAUGAGAACUGUCACAUUGUCAUGAUCUCAAGGGCAGUCUCAAAGCUGAGAUUAGUUUAUUAAUACCACCCUUAGUCUUUGUUGAAUAUGUCUGUAAUAUUUGUUGAGUACCUUGUUACUGUAGUGAUUUCCGGCAGUAUUAUAUUGUAUAACCUUUAACCAAUUUGUUAUACUGUUUAUCGGUGUUUGGUAUGUAACGGUUAGAUUAGGUGUUCCUGUACAUAGCUGGUGCGCGUACGCAUACGAGCUAAUAAAUAACAUUACGUGAAUUAUUGUUAAUUACUGUAAGUACAUGAAGACGAUGUUAAAUAAAGUGUAAAAUGUGG